AUGGUUUCUUCAACCAUUCUUAGAUCUCGUUUGGUCCAAAAACCGUAUCAGCUAUUUCAUUACUAUUUUCUUCUGGAAAAACAAUAUGGUUCAACCCUAAGUGAUUUAUCUUUUGAAACUGAUAUUAAGAUAUCAAUCAACAAAUUCAAAAAUAGAAAUUGGUCAGUUUUAGAGAUAAUCCAUUACUCCUUUUUAAGUUCAAUUAUUUUCUUUGUAUUUUUAAUCUUCCCAGCACCUUUCCUUAUUAAAUUUUUCAUUUUGAGUGUUUUCAUAUCCUGUUUUUUAAUUCCAUUAACUUCUCAAUUUUUCGUUCAUGCUUUACCUAUUUUCACUUGGUUAGCCCUUUUCUUUAGUGCCGGGAAAAUUCCAAAUACUUGGAAACCUGCUAUUAGUGUUAAAUUUUUACCAGCAAUGGAAACUAUUCUUUAUGGGGAUAAUUUAUCAAAUGUUUUAGCUGAAACUAAUACUUCGUUUUUAGAUAUUUUAGCUUGGUUACCGUACGGUAUUAUUCAUUUUAGUUCUCCAUUUUUUGUGGCUGCUUUUAUCUUUAUUUUUAGUCCUCCAACGGCUUUGAGAUCUUUUGGUUUUGCCUUUGGUUAUAUGAAUUUAACUGGGUUAUUAACUCAAAUCUUAUUCCCUGCGGCUCCUCCUUGGUAUAAAAAUUUACAUGGCUUAGAACCAGCUGAUUAUUCAAUGAGUGGUAGUCCUGGUGGUUUAGGUAGAAUUGAUGCUUUAUUAGGAGUCGAUAUGUAUACUACUGCUUUUUCGAAUUCUCCAGUGGUUUUUGGUGCUUUCCCUUCUUUACAUUCAGGUUGUGCAGUUAUGGAUGUUUUGUUUUUAUGUUGGUUAUUCCCAAAAUAUAAAUUUGUUUGGUGGAGUUAUGCAACUUGGUUAUGGUGGAGUACUAUGUAUUUAACUCAUCAUUAUUUUAUUGAUUUAAUUGGGGGUGCAGUUUUAUCUUAUGUGGUUUUCAGUUAUACUAAGUAUAGACAUUUACCAAUUAUUGAUCAUAAUAAAUUUUGUCGUUGGUCUUAUACAAUGGUUCAUAAUAUCGAUAUUUGGAAAUCAGAUCCCUUAAAUUCUUAUACUUCAAUUAAUGUUAUUAGUAAUGAUUUAGAAAAUUUAUCAAGUUUCCCAUUAACUAACUAUAAUCCUCCUCCUUCGCAGGAUGAUUCCCCUUAUAAUGGUAUUUCAAGAUCAAGACAAGCUUCUCGUUCAAAUAUAAAUAAUUCUUCGAAUUCUUUAGGUAUUCAAGAUAAUAAUUCGUUGGAUCCUUCAAUUUAUAGAAGUAGUGCUAAAUCUACUUCUUCUUUAAAAACUGAAACUGAUAAUAGUACUACUAAUUCAAUGUUUGAAAAUGAUCAUGAUCAUGAUGAAGAAAACAAUCAGAUUAGCUCAACCGCUUCUUCAACUUCUUUAGAUGAUUUAGAAAAUCAAACUGCUCAAACAAAUAUGAUUAUAAAUAGUAUGGGAUCUAAAAAUAACAAUAAUAAUAAUAAUAAAAAAAAUACUAACAAAAAUCGAUAA